AUGGAAGGACACACCUGCAAUCACCACAAUCACCACCAUCAUCAUCAUCACCACCACACCCAGACGGCCAUCACCGUCCCAACAGGCACAAUUGUCACCACAGCCGAAAAGCAGUACAAAUGUGACAUCUGUGGCAAGUGCUUAUCGCGUAGGGACCACCUGAAGCUUCAUAAACGCAUUCAUACAGGCGAGCGCCCCUUCAAGUGCCAGAUCUGCGGCUGUGCAUUCUACCGUAGUGACCACCUCGCCCGGCACCGUGGCACCCACCAGCUGGAGAAACGGUUCAGCUGUGAUAUCUGCCACAAGACAUUUGUGCACCGGUCAUAUUUGAAGGUGCACCAAAGGAUUCACACCGGGGAGAGACCCUUCAAGUGUCAGAUCUGCGGGUUUGCAUUCUCCCGCAAAGACCACUUGGUCAAGCACAAUCGGCCAAAUAAGAACGGCAUUAAAAUCAGCUGUGUCCCCCAGCGGAACAACAACAAUAACAACAACAACAACAGUCCCAAUACGACAAUAGUUGCCAGCUCUCCUGACAGCAAGAUCAUGAAAGACAUCAAACCAAACCUUACCAUCACCGAUACUAAUACUGAGACAGCCAUUACCACCAUCACUACAGCCACCCCAACUACAACCGUCACCCACAACAAUACUACUGAGAGUGUCAGUAUUACCCCGCAAGUGGUUGUGACACCCCAGCAUGCAACUGUUGUGGAUGUGGCCACUGCCCAGCAGCAUGCGGUGAAUGUGGGAACCAUAGCAACAAACGUUGUUGCCAGCAGUACCCAGGCGACGUACCCUACAGCCACACAGGUGUACCCUCUGUACACACAGAUGAACCCCGUGACACACAUAUUUCCAAGUACAAUACAGAUAUCACCAACCACCACACAGAUCUUCCCUACAAUUCAGAUGUACCCGGCUGCCACCCAGAUCAAUGUACCCACAGCUACUGCUCAAAUCUACCCGGCAAAAUACAUUUCUUUUUCAUCUUCAGAAAUUCUUUUUCUCUUUUUUCUUCAGAUACAUUUCUUUUUCAUCUUCAGAAAUUCUUUUUCUCUUUUUUCUUCAGAUACAUUUCUUUUUCUUCUUCAGAAAUUCUUUUUCUCUUCAGAUACAUUUCUUUUUUAUCUUCAGAAGUUCUGUUUCUCUUUUUCUUCAGAUACAUUUCUUUUUCAUCUUCAGAAAUUCUUUUUCUCUUCAGAUACAUUUCUUUUUCAUCUUCAGAAAUUCUUUUUCUCUUUUUUCUUCAGAUACAUUUCUUUUUUCUUCUUCAGAAAUUCUUUUUCUCUUCAGAUACAUUUCUUUUUCAUCUUCAGAAAUUCUUUUUCUCUUUUUUCUUCAGAUACAUUUCUUUUUCAUCUUCAGAAAUUCUUUUUCUUCAGAUACAUUUCUUUUUCUUCUUCAGAAAUUCUUUUUCUCUUUUUUCUUCAGAUACAUUUCUUUUUCAUCUUCAGAAAUUCGUUUUUUUCUUUCUUCAGAUACAUUUCUUUUUCAUCUUCAGAAAUUCUUUUUCUCUUUUUUCUUCAGAUACAUUUCUUUUUCUUCUUCAGAAAUUCUUUUUCUUCAGAUACAUUUCUUUUUCAUCUUCAGAAAUUCUUUUUCUUCAGAUACAUUUCUUUUUCAUCUUCAGAAAUUCUUUUUCUCUUCAGAUACAUUUCUUUUUCAUCUUCAGAAAUUCUUUUUCUCUUUUUUCUUCAGAUACAUUUCUUUUUCAUCUUCAGAAAUUCUUUUUCUCUUUUUUCUUCAGAUACAUUUCUUUUUCAUCUUCAGAAAUUCUUUUUCUUUCAUUUCUUUUUCUUCAGAUACAUUUUUUUUCAUCUUCUUUUUUCUUUUUCUUCAGAUACAUUUCUUUUUCUUCUUCAGAAAUUCUUUUUCUCUUUUUUCUUUAGAUACAUUUCUUUUCAUCUUCAGAAAUUCUUUUUCUUCAGAUUUUUCUUCAGAUACAUUUUUUUUCAUAUUUCUUCAAAUACUUUUUCUUUUGUUCUUCAGAUACUUUUUCUUUUUCAUCUUCAGAAAUUUCUUUUUUCUUCAGAUACAUUUCUUUUUCUUCAGAUACAUUUCUUUUUUUCUUCAGAAAUUCUUUUUCUCUUUUUUUCUUUAGAUACAUUUCUUUUCAUCUUCAGAAAUUCUUUUCUCUUUUUCUUCAGAUACAUUUCUUUUUCUUCUUCAGAAAUUCUUUUUUUUCUUCAGAUACAUUUUUUUUUAUCUUCAGAAAUUCUUUUUUUCUCAGAUUUCUCUUUUUCUUCAGAUACAUUUCUUUUCAUCUUCAGAAAUUCUUUUUCUCUUCAGAUACAUUUUUUUUCAUCUUCAGAAAUUCUUUUUUCUCUUUUUCUUCAGAUACAUUUCUUUUUCUUCUUCAGAAAUUCUUUUUCUUCAGAUACAUUUCUUUUUCAUCUUCAGAAAUUCUUUUUCUCUUUUUCUUCAGAUACAUUUCUUUUUCAUCUUCAGAAAUUCUUUUUCUUCAGAUACAUUUCUUUUUCUUCUUCAGAAAUUCUUUUUCUCUUUUUUCUUCAGAUACAUUUCUUUUUCUUCUUCAGAAAUUCUUUUCUCUUUCAUUUCUUUUUCAUCUUCAGAUUCUUUUCUUUUUUUUCUUCAGAUACAUUUCUUUUCAUCUUCAGAAAUUCUUUUCUUCAGAUACAUUUCUUUUUCUUCUUCAAAUUCUUUUUUCUUUUUUUCUUCAGAUACAUUUUUUUUUUCUUCAGAAAUUCUUUUUUCUUUUUCUUCAGAUACAUUUCUUUUUCAUCUUCAGAAAUUCUUUUUUCUUCAGAUAUUUCUUUUCUUUUCAGAAAUUCUUUUCUUCAGAACUUUUCUUUUUCAUCUUCAGAAAUACAUUUCUUUUUCAUCUUCAGAAAUUCUUUUUCUUCAAAUUUCUUUUUUUCUUCAGAAAUUCUUUUCUCUUCAGAUACAUUUUCUUUUCAUCUUCAGAAAUUCUUUUUCUCUUUUUUCUUCAGAUACAUUUCUUUUUCAUCUUCAGAAAUUCUUUUUCUCUUUUUUCUUCAGAUACAUUUCUUUUUCAUCUUCAGAAAUUCUUUUUCUUCAGAUACAUUUCUUUUUCUUCUUCAGAAAUUCUUUUUCUCUUUUUUCUUUAGAUACAUUUCUUUUUCAUCUUCAGAAAUUCUUUUUCUCUUUUUUCUUCAGAUACAUUUCUUUUUCAUCUUCAGAAAUUCUUUUUCUCUUUGUUCUUCAAAUACAUUUCUUUUUCAUCUUCAGAAAUUCUUUUUUCUUCAGAUACAUUUCUUUUUCUUCAGAUACAUUUCUUUUUCUUCUUCAGAAAUUCUUUUUCUCUUUUGUCUUCAGAUACAUUUCUUUUUCAUCUUCAGAAAUUCUUUUUCUCUUUUUUCUUCAGAUACAUUUCUUUUUCAUCUUCAGAAAUUCUUUUUCUCUUUGUUCUUCAGAUACAUUUCUUUUUCAUCUUCAGAAAUUCUUUUUAAUUCAGAUACAUUUCUUUUUCUUCAGAUACAUUUUUUUUUCUUCUUCAGAAAUUCUUUUUCAUCUUCAGAAAUUCUUUUUCUCUUUUUUCUUCAGAUACGUUUCUUUUUCUUCUUCAGAAAUUCUUUUUCUCUUUUUUCUUCAGAUACAUUUCUUUUUCUUCUUCAGAAAUUCUUUUUCUCUUUGUUCUUCAGAUACAUUUCUUUUUCAUCUUCAGAAAUUCUUUUUAAUUCAGAUACAUUUCUUUUUCUUCAGAUACAUUUUUUUUCUUCUUCAGAAAUUCUUUUCAUCUUCAGAAAUUCUUUUCUCUUUGUUCUUCAGAUACAUUUUCUUUUCAUCUUCAGAAAUUCUUUUUUUUUUCAGAUACAUUUCUUUUUCUUCAGAUACAUUUCUUUUCUUCUUCAGAAAUUCUUUUUUCUCUUUUGUCUUCAGAUACAUUUCUUUUUCAUCUUCAGAAAUUCUUUUUCUCUUUUUCUUCAGAUACAUUUCUUUUUCAUCUUCAGAAAUUCUUUUUCUCUUUGUUCUUCAGAUACAUUUCUUUUUCAUCUUCAGAAAUUCUUUUUUCUUCAGAUACAUUUCUUUUUCAUCUUCAGAAAUUCUUUUUUCUUCAGAUACAUCUCUUUUUCUUCUUCAGAAAUUCUUUUUCUCGUUUUUCUUCAGAUACAUUUCUUUUUCAUCUUCAGAUAUUCUUUUUCUUCAGAUACAUUUCUUUUUCAUCUUCAGAAAUUCUUUUUAUCUUUUUUCUUCAGAUACAUUUCUUUUUCAUCUUCAGAAAUUCUUUUUAUCUUUUUUCUUCAGAUACAUUUCUUUUUCAUCUUCAGAAAUUCUUUUUCUCUUUUUUCUUCAGAUACAUUUCUUUUUCAUCUUCAGAAAUUCUUUUUUCUUCAGAUACAUUUCUUUUUCAUCUUCAGAAAUUCUUUUUCUCUUUUUUCUUCAGAUACAUUUUUCUUUUCUCUUCAGAAAUUCUUUUUUUUUCAGAUACAUUUUUUUUUCUUCAGAAAUUCUUUUUUCUUCGAUACAUCUCUUUUUUCUUCAGAUACAUUUCUUUUUCAUCUUCAGAAAUUCUUAUUCUCUUUUUCUUCAGAUACAUUUCUUUUUCAUCUUCAGAAAUUCUUUUCUCUUUUUCUUCAGAUACAUUUCCUUUUCAUCUUCAGAAAUUCUUUUCUCUUUUUUUCUUCAUAUACAUUUCUUUUUUCAUCUGCAGAAAUUCUUUUCUCUUUUUCUUCAGAUACAUUUCUUUUUCAUCUUCAGAAAUUCUUUUUCUUCAGAUACAUUUCUUUUUCAUCUUCAAAUUCUUUUCUCUUUUUCUUCAGAUACAUUUCUUUUUCAUCUUCAGAAAUUCUUUUUUCUUCAGAUACAUCUCUUUUUCAUCUUCAGAAAUUCUUUUUCUCGUUUUUCUUCAGAUACAUUUCUUUUUCAUCUUCAGAAAUUCUUUUUCUCUUUUUUCUUGAGAUACAUUUCUGUUUCAUCUUCAGAUAUUCUUUUUCUCUUUUUUCUUCAGAUACAUUUCUCUUUCAUCUUCAGAUAUUCUUUUUUCUUCAGAUACAUUUUUUUUUUCAUCUUCAGAAAUUCUUUUUCUCUUUUUUCUUCAGAUACAUUUCUUUUUCAUCUUCAGAAAUUCUUUUUCUCUUUUUUCUUCAGAUACAUUUCUUUUUCAUCUUCAGAAAUACUUUUUUCUUCAGAUACAUUUCUUUUUCAUCUUCAGAAAUUCUUUUUCUCUUUUUUCUUCAGAUACAUUUCUUUUUCAUCUUCAGAAAUUCUUUUUUCUUCAGAUACAUUUCUUUUUCAUCUUCAGAAUUUCUUUUUUCUUCAGAUACAUUUCUUUUUCAUCUUCAGAAAUUCUUUUUCUCUUUUUUCUUCCGAUACAUUUCUUUUUUUAUCUUCAGAAAUUCUUUUUCUCUUUUUUCUUUAGAUACAUUUCUUUUUCAUCUUCAGAUAUUCUUUUUCUCUUUUUUCUUCAGAUACAUUUCUUUUUUUUCUUCAGAAAUUCUUUUUCACCUUUUUGGGGGCUGGAAUGGCGCGAUAAAAACACAACGCUCAACCUAA